AACCAGCUCUGCAAUGGAUGCUUCAUAGCCUGAUUCUGCCGUUGGUUACUCGCGCUUUCGCUUCUCUCUUUUCGCGAAGUGUAAGUCCCGCUAAGCCAUUUUCCCCUUUGAAAGCCAGCCAGCCGCUUGUUGCGGGACGACUCGUCGGGUGGAGAAGGGGGCUUGGUAAUUUCGGGAGAGCUGAGCCCAGCGACCAGUUUCAGGGCCAUUCCUGUUGGUUAUAGGCGUGUCUGCCUGGAGCUGAUGGUUGGGAUAUGGGAUUGAAGGUCCACGCUGACUUGCAGACAGCAACCUGAGGCUCUUGUGAGAACCCAGCAACUGCAAGCAUGGCUGCCAGUAAAGAAGGCUUGCAGGAGUCACUCUCUCAGCCAGGAACCUCUGAGCCCGUGUCUUUCACAGUGUCAGCAUCUCUACCAGAAGCUACAGUAACCAAUGGGCCCCCGAUAGUGCACAUGCCAGUUCGGAAACCACAGAGCUUGUCCGUUGGGUUCGCAGUUCCAGAGGAGGAGAAGCAGGGUGCUGCCAUGUGGCAGGUUUACGUGUUAGGUGCAUAUUUGAUUGGUACGUGGCUAUGGGCGAAGAUCAAGGAAAGGGGGCGAGAAAAACCAGGAACUGGGGACGAAGGCAUGAGUGGAGCAUCAGGCUGAUUUGGUGGUUGGUUUCAUAUUUUUAUUCGCCACAAUAAGCCGAUGCAUGAUGCUUUGUGAGCCAGCAUAAUGUAGGUUCUGUGCUGUUAGAACAUUGCUGAUGCAUUCUUAUGACACGGAAUAUGAGACAUUACACCACCAGCGUACAAAU